CAGUAAAAAGUGCUUACAAUGCUAAAAUCCGCAAGUGCUUUGCUAUGUGGUCUUCUUGCUUUAAAUUUGUAUGGAGCUUGGGCAGAAUCCGAUGUGAUUUGUCCUUUAAAGGACCCUCCUAGUCAAUGUGGAGGAUUCUGUCUGGGUGUACUUACGCCCGUGUUAAAUCACCUGACCAUUUCCCAAAAUCUGGCGAAUUCCAAUAAUUCAAGCAAGGCUAACGAGGUCCUGGUGAGACAGUACACGAUGGAAGGCCAACUGACUGCUCUGCAGAAUAAGCAACUAAGCAUUGAAGUCGCACUGGAUGCCCAAGGCAGAAAACUGAAUGUUAACGAACAGAACUUUACUGAACGACUGAAUUGCAUGGAAGGCAUACUGUCGGCCCUGGAGAAAACAGUCCUUGAAGUAAAAACCAAAAUAAAAUACCUCGGAUUCGAGCAAAUCGGCUCAAAGUACUAUUACAUAGAGAAAGUAUCCGAGAAGAACUGGUCCACUGCUUCAAAAACUUGUCGCAAUAUGGGAGGGCACCUGGCCGACAUUAAGGACGAGGCAGAUCUAGCCGCCAUCAAGGCGAAUCUCAAGGAGGACACGCAUUACUGGCUGGGAAUCAAUGACUUGGACCACGAGGGAAAAUUCUUGUCCAUGCCCACGGGCAAGCAGACUACCUUUUUGAAAUGGGCCUCGGGGAGACCCUCUCAGUUGGACACCCUCAACUGCGUGUUCCUAUACAACGGGGAAAUGUACGAUUACCCAUGCCACUAUACUUUCCGGUUCAUUUGCCAGACCGAGGAGGAAGAUUUAAAUGUAUGAUUUAAAUAGAAACCACAUGAGAAUAAUAAAACCUUUGCUGAUGCCGU